AUGCAGUUUUCUAUCCUCACUGCUGUAAUCGCAGCGACGAUCGGAAAAUACUCCGAUGCCGUGCGCUCUGAAAUACCCGCUACACGAUCGUUCUUCUACGUCGGCGGGCGGUACGACGAUGACGGUGACGGUGGCCAUGUUUUUCGGGACCAGAUGUAUGUUGAGAAACUCGCCCCCGUGAAGGGAGCCUGGAAAGACACGCCUAUCGUUAUGAUUCACGGUAUGGCGCAGACAGGCACGAAUUUCCUGAACAAGCCCGACGGCGGAGUUGGUUGGGCCUCUAGGUUUAUUGAGCAGGGUUACGAGUUGUACAUUGUUGAUCAGACCUUUCGGGGGAGAUCUGCUUGGAUGCCUGGACAAGGCGCUGCUAAGCUCAGCACUCUUUCGGCCGAGGCUGUGGAGGUUGCGUUUACUGAUUCGAAGACGCAUAUGCUCUGGCCUCAGGCUGUGAACCAUACCCAAUGGCCUGGCUCUGGGGUUCGGGGUGAUCCAGUGUUUGACGCGUUUUACAGCUCGAAUGUGGAGUUUGUUGAUAACACGACCUAUCAGCAGACUUCUGUUCAGGCAGCUGGUGCAGCCUUAUUGGAUAGGAUUGGGAAACCGGCUGUUCUUCUGGGACAUAGUCAGGGAAGCUUUAUGCCUACUUUGAUCGCUGACCUGAGGCCGAAGCUUACGAAGAAUAUUGUUCUCUUGGAAGCUGCUGGGCCUCCGUUCAAAGAUGAGAUUUUCAAGUUUGGUGGAGAGUUUCCUAGGCCAUGGGGUCUAUGGGAUGUUCCUAUCACAUAUGACCCUCCUGUGCAGGACCCGAAGAAGGAACUUGUUCAAAAGGUUCAUGCUCAGAAGGAUAGUUUGUCUACGGAGUGUAUACUUCAGGCAGAUGAACCUUCGCCCCGAAAGUUGGUUAACCUGAUGGACAUUCCUAUUCUUAUUGUCACAGGCGAGGCAUCAUACCAUAUGCCUUAUGAGCACUGCACAGCUGCAUAUUAUAGACAGGCGGGAUGUUCGAAGACGGACCAUAUUGAGUUGGGAGCUGUUGGUAUUCACGGGAAUGGGCAUAUGCUUUUCAUGGAGAAGAACAGUGAUGAGAUACAUGCUGUUGUCGAGAAGUGGAUACGUAAAAGUUAG